GGCAGGGACGCAGAUCGGGUACCAAAAUGGCAGGGAGACGGUUGUCACUUGAACAGCGGGUGCGAUGUGUUCGCCUUUUCUCGAGAACGGGCAAUGUUUCCGAGGUGCAACGUAGGAUGUUGGAGGAAUUUGGACCGCCUGCAGUGCAUAGGAACACGAUUUCCCAAAUCAACGAAAUGUUUGACCGGACUGGUAGCGCCAAUCACCCGAAAAAUCCCGGACCAUCGAGAAGUGUGCGAACUGACGACAUGAAGAGUCGUCUUCGUGCCGAACUGGAAUCGUCCCCGAAUAAAUCAAAGUCAUCCAGACGAUUGUCUGCAAAGCUGAAGAUUGGUAAAACCAGUGUGCUGAGGAUGUUGCAUGAAAUUAAACAUACGCCCUACCAUCCUCGACGUCUUCAUGCACUCAACGAGGACGACUUUGACAGGAGAAUUGAGUUUUCGGAAGCGUGGUCUGAGGUAGGAGCUGCAAUGCCUUCAAGAGGUCGCAAAAGGAAGGUACAAGUGAAUAAGGGAGUGCCCUCUGCAGAUGGAGUGCAAGAAACAAAGAAGAGCAAAGUGGCAUCAGGAGACUUGAGGCUGGUUAUUGAGCACUGCAAUAGCUGACGAGUAUAUCAGCGCAAUGCUGUUGCCCUGCAAAAGGCUAUUGAAGAGGCACACCCCAGUAUACCUGUAGAGUUAAACCCGCUCAAGCCCAGGCGAAACAGUUUUGAAGUUACAUUUGUGAAUGCUGCUGGAACAGAAGUAAAUUUAUGGUCUGGUCUUAAGAAGGGUCCACCACGCAAACUGAAAUUUCCUGAUACAGCAGUUGUCCUUGAUGCUUUAAAAGGAGCACUUUAACUUUAGUCACCUGUUGAAGAAAGAGGAGGCACCUGACUUUUCACUUGUGGAGCAUCCAAUGACGAGGAAUGACCAAUGGAGCACCACCUCCAGUUACUCCUCUGAUGAAUUUGUAGCUUUGCAGUUGAGAAUGUGAUAUGUGCCGUUGAUUUUUUUUUUUUUUUUAUAUAUUCUUAAUAAAGU